AUGAAUAAUUAUAUAAAAUAUCUCCUCUGUCCUUAUCUUCUCCAGUUCUGUAAGGGCAAUAAUAUGGAGUACCUGACAGGUCGAGUUUGGAUCGGUUUUUGGCUCAUCAUCAUCGUGGUGGUGAUGGUGGCCUUUGAGGGCAGCUUCAUGGUCCGAUUUGUCUCGCGUUUCACCCAGGAGAUCUUCUCCGUCCUCAUCUCUCUCAUUUUCAUCUAUGAGACCUUCUCAAAACUGGUCAAGAUAUUCCAGGAACAUCCUCUGAGACGCUGCUCUGCUAUGGUUGUUGAUGCAAACAACUCGACACACAACUCGAGCAUGGAAGAUGUCACUUCAAGUCCAUUAGCAUCAAACAGCAGUACACCGGAGACGGUGAAGGUGGUUGGUGAACCUAAUACUGCUCUGCUUUCCUUGGUGCUCAUGUCUGGGACCUUCUUCAUCGCCUUCUACCUGCGCAAGUUCAAAAACAGUGCCUUCUUUCCUGGCAGGCUAAGAAGAGUUAUUGGAGAUUUCGGAGUUCCUAUUGCCAUUCUCCUCGUGGUUCUGGUAGACUACAGCAUUCGAGACACAUACUCACAGAUCCUCAUCUUUAUGGAGACACAAAUCACAACGUUGAUAGUCAGUAAGAAAGAGCGAAUGCUGGUCAAGGGUUCUGGUUUCCAUCUGGAUCUGUUGCUCAUCGUGACUCUCGGUGGCACUAGCGCACUGUUCGGUUUGCCGUGGAUGGCCGCGGCCACUGUUCGCUCUGUAACCCAUGCUAACGCCCUCACCGUAAUGAGCAAAGCCGUCGCUCCAGGAGACAAACCUCGAAUCCAGGAGGUCAAGGAGCAGAGGGUGACCGGGUUACUGGUGGCAAUACUUGUAGGUCUCUCAAUAGUAAUCGGUGAUCUGCUCCGUCAAAUCCCCAUCGCUGUGCUGUUUGGCAUCUUCCUGUACAUGGGUGUGAUGUCACUGAAUGGAAUCCAGCUGACAGAACGGAUCCUGCUGCUGCUGAUGCCCCCUAAAUACCACCCCGAUCACACCUACGUGCGCAAGGUCAGGAGCCCAGUCUGUUUUCUGUUCAUUAAUAAAGAGGAUUUUGGUUCAAAG